AUGACUUCGACUUCGGUAGGCACCGACGACGAAAUCUGGCAGGUCGAGGCCAUCGCCGACACCCAGCUACCACAAGAUCAAGGCGAUGAUCUAUCCACCGAUGCCAGCGCCGCUGCUGCCGUGCGUCGCAGUUCCCGACUGGCGAGCAGGAACCCACCAACUCCCAGCCUCGGCGACUGGCCCGUGGCCAAGAUCUUGGAGGCCUUGUUCAAAAACAACGUCCUGCCUCCGGUCGGCGCCUCUCACGAGGAGUUGUUUGCACUGCUUUGCGACUCGAUCGAUGUCUCCCCCACCGACGCGGUGCCAGCCCCUCCAGCCCAACCAUCCGGAAAGAAGCACACUCAAAAACGGAAACACACCGAGCCGGCCGGUGUCACCCAAAAACGGCUUGCCACAGGCACCCCACCCGCCGACUCAGUGUUCGAUGUCCUGUUCACGAUCCAGUCCUCUCUCGGCGAUAUGAACGCCCGGAUUUCCACUCUUGAGAACCCUGGGACGUCCGCAACGCCAUUUUCCGGUGUCUCUCCUGCUUCCACCGCCGGCGUUUCUCCCGGUGUUGCUGCUCCACCUGCCUAUGCUGUCUCCGCACCGCCUGCCUCUGUCGUCUCCGCCGCCGCACCUACCCAGCUCCAAGAGGAUGUUCCCGAGUUCACCCCAAGGAGGACCUUGGCAACAGCAGUUCCAGUUCCAUCCGGGUCCCCAUUCUUCUCCCCCGCUGCCGCAAUCUCCAACAACCUUCGCAACCAAAUUACUGCAGGUAACGAUGUCAACCUCGUUAAAAUUCUUCUGGGGUCCGAGAUAAGCGAUAAGCGGGUGGUAGACUGCGGGGACAUUUCGGUUGCCCUCAAAGACGCUGAUCCCAGACUGUCCAAGACAUUGACAUUUGCCGAAUUCUGCGUGGCGUUUGGGAUUUAUAGGGACGUUAUGUGCGAGGUCCAUCCAUCCCGCAGAGCCGAACUAGACACUUAUCUGUCUAUCAUAGCUGAUCUGGCCGUGUCCUACGGAGGCACUCUCUUUUACGACUAUCACAAGUCAUUCUCCGCCAAAGCCGCCACUUACAUCCAGCGGUUCAAUCAAAAAUUGGACUGGUCCGUAGUGGAUCUGUCCCUUAUUAGCCGCCACUUCACGGGCCACCAAGUGCUGACAUGCUCUAUCUGCGGGUCAUCGUCCCACUCCUCCGCCCUCUGCUCGAAGGCUAAGCCCACCUCAGGUCAACCCAAGGCUGCGCCGAGCCGCAGGUCCCCCCAGGUGAAUACGGGCGCGCCUCCAGCCACUCCUCUCGCCACUCCCAUAUGCUUUAAUUUCAAUGAAAACCACUGUCGCGUGGCCACCCGAAAGUAUUCAGGCAAAAAACGUCUGAUCAUCGACCUUUCCGCUCCUCACAAUGGCCAGGCCGAUAGCAUCAACAGUUUAAUUCCACUGCCUCUGUUCUCGUUGUUUUACAGCAAGGUCGACGACGCAAUUAAAUUAAUUAAAAAAGCAGGUAGAGGAGCCUGGCUCGCAAAGGCGGAUAUUUCCGACGCCUUUAAAGUUAUGCCAUUGCACCCGUCGCAGUGGCCCCUUUUUGGCGUUAAAUGGAGAGGGAAGUUGUACUUUUCCGUCAGGCUCACCUUCGGAUGUAGGAGUAGUCCGAAAAUAUUUGACACGUUGGCUGAGGCACUUUGUUGGAUUCUCCUAAACAAUGAUAAGCUCCCAUUCGUCCUCCAUCUGUUGGACGAUUUUCUCCUGGUAGAUUACCCAUCCGCCCCGCCCGCCGUUUCCAUCUCGGCGCUCAAACGCACCUUCUCUCAUUUGGGUGUUCCGCUGUCCGAGGAGAAAACCAUAGGUCCAGUUAAAGUAAUCGAAUUCCUGGGCAUCACGCUGGAUUCUAAUCUAAUGCAAGCCUCACUGCCACCCGAGAAAUUGACCCGUAUUCGGCAAGUCAUGCACAGCGCACAAGAGUCCGCGUCGUUCUCUAAAAGAGAAUUGCUGUCCCUCUUAGGCCAUUUAAAUUUCGCAAUGAGGGUAAUUCCACAGGGCCGAUCAUUUAUUUCUAGGCUUCUCGAUUUAUCAAAAAGUGUAAACAACCUCAGUGAUGUUGUCACCAUGGACGCUGGUUGUAGGUCGGAACUUGCUUUUUGGGCUCAGCUCCUGACAUAUUGGAAUGGGAUUUCAUUUUUUCAUUAUGACUUCGUCGAAUCCUCUCCUGAUCUCAAUCUGUACACAGAUGCAGCCCCCUCCGUAGGUUUUGGGGGUGUUUUCGAAAAGGAAUGGUUCGCAAGCGUCUGGCCGGCUGAAUUACUGGCUUUGCCUCCUAGUGUUUCGUCAACUGCUCUUUUUGAACUUUACCCAAUUGUAAUCGCCUGUCUUCUAUGGGGAAAACGUUGGGAAAGAAAACAAAUUCUCUUUUUCUGCGAUAACGAAGCAACCGUGGCAAUAAUUAACAAAGGGCGUUCCUCCAUACCAUUUAUUAAUAAAUUCGUGAGGCGUCUAACAUGGCUGUCAGUCACAGGCAAUUUUCUCAUUCGCGCAGCUCAUAUCCCCGGCCUGAACAAUCAAGUAGCAGACUCUCUGUCUCGUUUUAAUUUUCAGAAAUUCCAUCUUCUGUGUCCAGGAGCGGCCCAAUCAAGCUUGGAAUGUCCACCGUACAGUCAAACUAUUCUAGACUAAAUGACUCUCUGCAACCCUACCUGCGCUCUGCUGCUGGAUACAUGCGCGGGGGUUUGGCCAAAUCCACAUUAAAAAUGUAUGACUCAGCCUGGUCUCACUUCACUAAUUUCUGUGCCACAUUAGCCAU